CGUACGCAGCCAAAUAUGCAGGACGCUGUCUACACAGGCGGCGCGUUCGGCGUGGGCGUGAAGCGCAGCGGAGGGCGGUUUGCUGAGGCGUUUCGUAUGUGUUUUGGAGUUUCGCCGGUUUCAUGCCCAUGGUGUGUGGACCAGUCUUCCGUGCCGAACAUGCACUCCUUGAAAAAGACAACACUCGGCGCCCGAACGUUUUUCGCCUCCUGCCAUGCAAGGGACACCUGCGGCAACAACGGAUUGCCGCUCACGCCGAACUCGAUUAGAGUUCUUGGGCUUUUUCAGUUGCUCAAAUGCUUGACCCACAAUAACCUCUGCACAUAUAUUGAUGCAUUUCGGAGCAAACAUGAAAGACUUGUGGUUGUCAUUGAGCACUUUAGAAAUUCCUUGCAAGACGAAAUUCCAAACAAGUUGUCAGUUCACAGCAUCAGCAGAAUAUGCAGGCAAGUGCUGGAGGCCCUGGACUACCUACAUAGAAGAGGCAUAGUUCACCGUGCACUAUCUCCGUGCUCUAUCCUUCUUGAUGAUAAGCAACAAGUCAAGCUUGCAAACUACGGACUGUGUCACAUGACUGAAAAUGGCAGGACUGUACCUUUUCCACUGGGGACGCCGAAAUACCUUGCUCCUGAAGUUUUGACUCGAGAGAGGCCAUCCCUGUCGGGGCCGAAAGCUGACAUUUGGUCACUGGGCGUCAUCACUCUGGAGCUGGCCUUGGGCCAAGAAGUAUGGAAAGGAGCAAGCCUUGAGCAGAUUUUUACGAAACUGCUGACCUGCAUCAAGGAAGAUGAAGAUGCCCUGCUUCUUAUGGUGGAUUCUGACCCACUCAAUAGUAAACUCAAGGAGCUGGACCCUUCCCUCAAGUCCUUUAUCUCAUCAUGUCUGAAAAUCCUACCCAGAGAAAGACCGUCGGCUCAAGAAUUGCUACGACAUUCAUUGGUGACACUGGCUGGGGAGGAGGUGCCUUCACUGCCAAUGCAUUUGGAGCACAUGCCUCUACGCUGCGAGUCACUGGCUCCUCUCAAGUGUGCACCUUGCUUUGGAAGCCCAUUGGAGGAGCGCCCUUUACAAGAGCUGUACUCCUUGUGGCGCUUAGCUGGUGGUGACGCUGAAGCAGAACUUCGAAGACAAGGUUGUCUGCGUGCCAAGCCUCCGAUCUGUACAUUGCCAUGCAUUGUACUUUUAGAAGGUGAGGAGCUUGGGCAGAAAAAGGACACUGUGUUCUUUUAUGAUGACACAGUAGUGCUUCUUCCUACGGAGCAGCUUUGCCAGAGACUGAAAGGAAUGGAUCCAAACCUUUACUAUCCUCUAAUAGAAGACAGAGAGGAUGUUCCAGCCAGCCCCAAUUCCAAUAGUGACACUGCUGCACUGCCUGUCAUCAUUCGUGAAAAAGACAUUGAAUACCAGCUGCAGCGUGUCAUCCUGUAUAAUCGACUGCUGGAGGCAUACCCUUAUCAGAAACAGCGCAUUAUCCAGGAAGCCAAGCUAGACAUCCCACCGUUGUACAGGGCCCACGUCUGGUCAGCAUUGCUCGACGUACAGGGUGCACUUAUGCGAGAGUAUGAAGCCAUUGACAAGGAAACUACCACCCCAACUGACAGGCAGAUCGAAGUUGACAUUCCUAGAUGUCAUCAAUACGACGAGCUGUUGUCAUCACCUACUGCUCAUGCAAAGUUCAAGCGCCUCCUGAAAGCUUGGGUUGUCAGCCACCCUCACUAUGUUUAUUGGCAGGGUUUAGAUUCCUUGUGUGCACCAUUCCUAUACCUGCACUUCAAUGAUGAAGCUUCUGCAUAUGCAUGCCUGUCCACAUUCAUCUCAAGGUACCUCUACGACUUCUUUCUUCAAGAUAACUCCCAAGUCAUCAAAGAAUACCUGGCCGUAUUUUCUCAUUUGGUUGCUUUCCACGACCCGGAGCUGACAAACCACUUGGACAGUAUUGGAUUUCUCCCAGAGCUUUACUCUAUUCCAUGGUUCUUGACAAUGUACACACAUGUGUUUCCCUUGCACAAGAUAUUUCACCUCUGGGACACACUUCUGCUUGGCAGAGACAGCUUUCCACUCUGUGUUGGUGUGGCCAUUCUACAACAGCUUCGCACAGAUCUGCUAUCAUUUGGCUUCAAUGAGUGCAUUUUGCUGUUCUCAGACAUGCCUGAGAUAGAUAUACAGCGGUGUGUCCAAGAUUCCAUUCGCAUCUUCUGCAGUACACCGCAGAGCUCCACAUUCAGAGCUCAUGCAAGACCUGGCAGCCAGCCCCAGGAUCCACUUGGCAUGUCGCCAGUGCCUUUGGAAGAGCUCAAGGCAGAACUCUGUCCACGAAUCUCUCCUAGGGAUCUGCUGGAUCUGCUCGAAAUGUCUCGCAGAGACAGCUCCAAGCUGCGUCUUCUUGUUAUCGAUGUGCGUCCACCUGACGACAAUUGCCAAUUUCAUCAGAAUGCCAAGCAUGAAAAACAUUUCAGAAAGCUGGUGUGAAGAGGUCCUGCAGUGUUACAGGCGUCACAUCUCGAUGGUGCACGAGGCAAGACCGAAAGAAAGAAUGAAAUAAUUCACCGUAAUGUUUACUGUCCGUUUUGCCCAGACCAGUCUAUGCCAGCACCAACUUGCCUUCGUCGCUGUUGUAGCGAAGUACAACUCUAAAGACCUUCCACAAGUGUGCUGCACAUGCACAUCGGUACUGUGACAGCACAUUGGCAACAAUGCAAUCUGUCUCAAGCGUUCGUAUAAUUGCUGUCGCAAUAAAACGAGUUGAAUUGGCA